CGUCUAACACACUGGAAAAUCAAAGCGCUCGGCUCUCCCGCUCACACACCGCCUGCGCGGCGCGCAAAGCGCACAACCCAAGAGAGACUCCAAGUUUGUUACGAAUUUCAGUCUCUGUUGUACAUCGACACAUGCAUUUUUUUAUAUAUGUAUUUUUAUUCCACGUUGGAUAACAAUGCAAGUGCGCGCUGUGUACCUAAACUGUUUUCCAAAAACUGUUUGAAUCUUUCGCAGCUGAAUAUGAGUCUAUGUGAAAGCGGCUGAAAAAGAAAAAUCAGCUUUUUAGAAAGAUGGAUCGGAGGCUUCCGAGGAGGCGAUGGACGUUGACAGGGCAGGUUGUGUGUCUGCUCCUGUGUGCGUGCGCACUGGACAGGGUUUUGGCGCAGAUUCGUUAUUCAGUUCCCGAGGAGUUGGAACACGGGGCUUUCGUUGGAAAUAUCGCGGAAGAUUUGGGCUUGGACGUGGCCAAAUUGUCCUCGCGGAGAUUCCGGAUCGUGUCCGGGGCUAGAAAACAAUAUCUGGAAGUGAAUCUGGAGAACGGAAUUUUGUUCGUGAACGAGAAGAUCGACCGCGAGGAGCUGUGUGAACAAAGUCCCGUUUGUUUCUUGCACUUGCAGGUGGUCAUCGAGAACCCUUUGGAGCUGUACCGGGUAGAAGUAGAGAUCUUGGACGUUAAUGACAACGCUCCCAGUUUCCCGUGGAGCGAGUUUAAUCUGGAGAUCACGGAGUCUGCCGCGCCGAGCUCGCGCUUCCCGCUGGAGAGCGCGCAGGACCUGGACGUGGGCUCGAACUCUCUCCGCUCGUACUUGCUGAGCGCCAACCAACACUUCGUGCUGGACAUCCAGACGCGCAACGACGGCAGCAAGUUUGCAGAACUCGUUCUGCAGUCGCCGUUAGACCGAGAGCAGCAGAAGACGCACGAGAUGGUGCUCACGGCCGUGGACGGCGGCUCCCCGUUGCGCUCGGGCACGGCGCAGAUCACGGUAACCGUGCUGGACGCGAACGACAACGUCCCCGUGUUCGACCGCAACGUAUACCGGGUCAGCUUGGUGGAGAACGCGCCCAGAGGCACGCUCGUGCUCAAACUCAACGCCACGGACCUGGACGAAGGCGCGAACGGCGAGAUCACCUAUUCGUUCAGCGGGCACGCACCGUUGAAGGUGCGCGAGCUGUUCAGCGUGGAUUCUCACUCGGGCGAGAUAAGGGUGAAGGGAAUCGUGGACUACGAGAGGGCCAGCGUGUACGAGCUUUAUGUGCAGGCGAAAGACAAGGGUCCCUCGGCCGUGGCCGUGCAUUGCAAAGUGCUGGUCGAUAUUCUGGACGUGAACGACAACGCGCCCGAGGUAAUAUUAACCUCCGUGUCAACACCUGUUCAGGAGGACGCGCCUCCGGGCACGGUCAUAGCCGUGAUCAGCGUUAUGGACCGCGACUCCGGAGAGAACGGAGCGGUGGAUUGCCAGAUCCCCGGGAACGUGCCGUUUCAGCUGCACUCCUCUUUUAAAAACUAUUACACACUCGUGACCAGCGAGUUUCUCGACAGGGAGUCUGUCUCGGAGUACAACAUCUCCCUCACGGCGCGAGAUCUGGGCUCGCCCGCGCUGUCCACCAGAAAGACGAUUCUGGUUCAAGUGUCUGACAUUAACGACAACCCGCCGCGCUUCAUUCAGCCCUCGUACACCGUAUAUGUGACCGAGAAUAACGCCCCCGGCGCUUCCAUUUGCUCGGUGACCGCAUUCGAUCCGGACUCUAAUCAGAACGCAUAUUUGUCCUACUCCAUCCUUGACGGUCAGAUCCAGGGCAUGCCAGUGUCCACUUACGUCUCCAUCAAUUCCGAUAACGGCAACAUCUACGCCCUUCGCUCUUUCGAUUACGAGCAGCUUCGGAACUUUCAGAUCCGCGUCCAGGCGCAGGACGCCGGGUUCCCGCCGCUCAGCAGCAACGUGACCGUCAACGUGUUCGUUUUGGAUCAGAACGACAACGCGCCGGUCAUCCUGUCCCCGCUGCCCAGAAACGGCUCUGUUGCUACUGAAAUGGUGCCCAGGUCGGUGGACGCUGGGUACCUCGUGGCCAAGAUCACGGCGCUCGACGCGGACGCGGGGCAAAACUCUCGCCUGUCGUAUCAGAUGCUGCAGGCGACGGAUCCCGGGCUGUUCAGCGUGGCUCUAUACACCGGAGAGAUCAGGACGAUUCGUCGCUUCGUAGACAAAGAUGCCAUCAGGCAAAGACUCGUCAUACUUGUCAAGGACAACGGGCAGCCGCCGCUCUCGGCCACCGUGUCCAUCAUUCUGUCUGUAGUGGACUCCGUGCCGGAGUCGCUCUCCGACUUCGGCGACCUCUCGCUCAGCCCCCAGCCGCCGUCUAACCUCGCGCUCUAUUUAAUCGUGUCACUGAGCACCGUCUCGCUCAUCUUCCUCGUGGCCAUCAUCGUCCUGGCGGCCGUGAAGUGCUACAAAGACCGCGACUCCCUCGGCGGUUACGCGAUCUCCUCGCUCGGCGCCGCUUGCUGCAGCUUUGAACCGGAGCCGCCCGCCGAGGUGUUCAAAAAGUCCAAUCUCAACCUGCAGAUCUCCACCGGCGCCAAAGUGCCCACGAACUGCGUGGAGGUAAACAGCAACCCCGGAAAUCUCUCUCAAGCGUACUGCUACAAAGUGUGUUUGACGCCCGAAUCUGCAAAGAGCGACUUUAUGUUUCUCAAGCCUUGCAGUCCCGGCACACCGAGAAACAACGCGGCGAGAGGCGCGGAUAACCUGGCGCUGAGCUCACAGAGCCGCUGCUCGUCCGUGAACAACGGAGCGACUACACCGAACGAGCUGAAACAAGCGAACACUGACUGGGCCCUCACCAAAAACCAAACUUCCUCUCUGAAAAGCUGCAACUCUAUAAACAUGGAUGGCACUCAGAUGCGGAAAGCCAUGCAGGCCGAACCAGAGAACUAUGUGGGUCAAAUGGCUGCCGGACAGUACUGGACCUGGGGAACCCGCUCGAGAGAGUACCGGAUGCAUUCUCCAGCAGGCAGCGUUUCUCAGAGGGCCUGGACUCCUCACUACACACCCCAACACAACCCCACCCACCACCAGCACCACCAGCAGCAGCAGCAGCAGCAGCAGCAGCCCGCGGCACAGGUCCACUCGCACCCCCCGCCGGACUACCAGCACAACGUCUACAUCCCCGGCACACCGUCCGGCUUCUGCACCCUGCGGCCCAGCUACCGCAGCGAGCUCGACGUCCACAACUCCUUCUCCACCUUCGGCAAGAAACGUAGGUUCAUCUCUCCCAGCAGCUACGACCCGCACGACGACACGGGCGCAGAGGUCAUCAACAACGACUUGUACAACGAAUAAAAUGAGCCGAACGCGCAAGAGUGACUUACUACCAAAGCAUAGCGCUCAUUAUUUAGUCUCAGCCUAAGAUGGACUAUGGGCACAGUCCAUUCAUUGACCAUCUGAUGCAUAUCGCACAUGCAAUGCAACUUUUUUUUUUAUAAUAAUACCAGGUUGAUAUUACGAUCACUUGAUUUGCCGUGGUUUGGGCUUCAAAAUCGUUGAAAGCUAUUCGGGAGCAGAACUGCAUUUCGUUUAGCAGGAAGUUCUUAUCACAAAGUCUAAAAGCACCUCACCUUUUUCUGAUUUCUGAACGUAACCGCGCUUGACCACUUCUCAGUGCGCUUGGUUCCAGAAGCGUCUUCGUUGAAAAGUUUUGAAACGUAACCAGAUCAAACCGUUAAUCACGACAUUGGUUACACUUUAUUUGGAUAGUCCACUUUAGACGUUCUGCUAACUAUCAGUAACCACGUGUCAACUGAUUCUCUUUAAUUUGCCUCUACAUGUCCGCUAACUCUCAGAGCAGACUGUUUGGACAGGUUUAGGGUUGCGAAGCUUCUGAUAGUCAGUGUGUAGUAUGUUGCGGAAGAUAUUGAGCGCACGGACUACUAAUGCUGCUUACCAUGUAGUUGCAAAGUUACUUAAUGUUAGUAGAAUGUCUAAAGUGGACUAACCAAAAAAAAAAAAAAAAAGUGUUACCCAUUACAUAUUUAGAUUAGAAGCCAAAAAGUAUCUAAAGAAAAAAAAUGUUCUAGACUGAACUUAAUAGCUUUAAUAAGGGAAUAUGAACAAAAAUUCGUUAAAGUGUUUGGAAUGACGUAAAUUAAAAACGACGGAGAAUCCUAAAAAUAUUAAUGAAACGUCACAUUUUCAUCUUUUUUCAAUUUGGGUUAAAAGCGCGCAAAACCGAUAGCUUCAACAAAAGCGUAUAUCGUAAAUAAACUCGUUUGUCAUUCGCAUUGUUACUGUCUUUAAAGGUUUGUCAGCUAUUGUUACUGUGGAGAUGACGAACGGAGCUUUUCUUCCCGGAACCGAAUGUUGCACUCUGUUUUGGUAAAACCACCGGUGAAUGGCAAGUAUUUUGUUGAAUCGGGGGGGGAAUGUGCAGCAGAUCUACUUUAAGUCUGAGACUACUUGACACGUGACGGGGAACCGGACCUUUAUGAUGUCACAGUGCCGCUAGCGUGGUUCUGUCUGUCACCACUCUGUGCUCGCGCUCAUUCAAACGUGCACUUUUCACUCCCAUAGUGUGUGUGCUCGGCCUAUCGUAACUAACCACAGGGGCUCUGUUCUUUAGGAUGGGAUAGUCUUUUCUUUUCCUCAACUUGUUGAGGUGAGUUCUUACGAUCCCAGUGAAGCUCAGAAAAUCGCUUUUACCGUUAUAUCAGGAAGCGGAUAAAACUUAAUCUGUAUUAUUAUUAUUAUUAUUAUUAUUAAUUAGUAAUCACAUCUGCUUGGUUAGUUUGAUCACACCGGGCCUAAAGGUCAAAGGUCAUUGCCACUAGAGGACCAGUGAGAGGCCAGGCCUGAGAUUUAAUACGGUACUAAAUAUCAUUGUUAUUUUUCUAUUUUCCUACUGUUGUUACUUUGACAAUCAUUUCAGCCAAAAUGUGAUUAUUACCCGCCUUUUGCACACCGCGUGAGCAUAUCAAUCAAUACAGUGGUCAUGAUGAGUCUGCAUUAUGCGCCGGGAGGAGGUGGAUGCUCACCGGGUGAAACUGAUCGAUUCAAUACGAUAACUCACGUAGGAAUGACUGGAUCCGCACUUAGAGGCACGUUUGCUGCCUCAUACAAGAGAACGGGAUGUGAAAGCCCAUUCAUUCCAAAUAUGUACAUACAAAUAUGAAAAUUAAAUAUUUUUUUUCUGAAAUAAAA